AUGUCCCCUCCAACCCCCCAAAUCACCAUCAUCGAACUGACCCCAUAUGAACUGUCCACGAAACAACUCAACUCCUCGCACCUCCAGAAAUCCCUCGAAGCUCUCCACCACGACGGCAUCGUCGUCCUCGCCAACGCCAUUAACCCAACUCACCUGGACAAGCUCAACGCCCGUAUGGUCCCCGAGGCCACGCGCCUCUACGCCCGCAGCGAAACACAUCGAAACUUCGGCAACGACACAGGAAAUAUCCAACAAGAACCCGUCUGCGAGGCAGAAUACAUCUUCGAAGAUGUAAUCGCCAACCCAUUCGCAACAUCCGUGAUAGAAUGCAUGCUGGGUCCGGACCCUGCUCUACGUUUCUAUAGUGCGAAUACGGCGUUCAAGGCGACAGGACGGCAGCCGGUGCAUAUUGAUAUUGAUUUCGAGAUGCCCAAGGUGCCGUUUGCCUUUUGCGUGAAUGUCAAUCUUGUCGAGACGAGUGAGGAGAAUGGAGCGACCGAGGUGUGGUUGGGGACUCAUCUUGAAACUGACCGGGACGUGGUUGAUCGGGAGUCGGAGCAUGGCGGAGUCAAAGAGGACUUGCUUGAACAGAGGAGGAGGACUUGUCCGGGCAUUCAGCCUGGACUGCCCAAGGGGCGUUGGUUAUUCGGGAUCUCAGAUUGUGGCAUGCUGGGAUGCCGAAUAGGACGGAUGAACCGAGGGUGA